CUGGAGCACUUCAGGUUGCAUGCAUUUCAAGAGCAAUAAGAUAAUGUUUUCUUACUUGCAGUUACCAAUGGCUGUCAGCUACAUUAUCACUACACUUCAGUGAUCAGUAUCAUUAAAGACUUAAAUUCUCUGAAGCACCCCCCUCUAUUUCGUCAUCGACUCCCCAUCUCUUUAACGAGGACGGAGGCCCCCGACACGUGAUUUCCCCGCGCUCCUCGCGGUGCUGCUUGGCUUUCCUCCUUGCACUUCCAGUGUGGCGCCAUUCCUUGAGGCCCUGGCACUACAUUACCCAGAAGGACUUGCGCUAAGGUGAGGCAGCUGCUACGUCGCUUCAGUCGUGUCCGACGCUGUGCGACCCCAUAGACGGCAGCUUACCAGGCUGCCCCGUCCCCGGGAUUCUCCAGGCAAGAACACUGGAGUGGGCUGAGCCCUUGAAAAUUCAGAAGAUGCGCAUUUCCUGGAUCCGGCAGUGUGACUUCCGGCGCGUCUAUUUCGACGUUUUGUUUGUUGUUGAGACCGUGGGGCUGGUGAUAAGCUCACGAGUGAUGGGCAGUGAGGGGCCUAAGGCGGAAGCGGAGUCUUCGUGCACGCUGCACAGGGUCUGUUCUUAGUGUCGGGGAGGUCACCUGCGGCGAGUUAUCGUACGGAAACCGACCUGGUCGCUCUCCUUUGGCAGCUCCGCCCCGCCCACAGGCUCGGAUGGCGGCGGCUUCGCUGCGGGUGCCGCCUCAGGGCAGUGUGACCUUUGAGGAUGUGGCUGUGUACUUCUCCUGGAAUGAAUGGUGUCUUCUUGAUGAGGUUCAAAUACGCCUGUACCUUGAUGUCAUGCUGGAGAACUUUGCACUUGUGUGCAUGCUGGGUUCUUGUCAUGGAGUCCAGCAUGCAGAGACAUGUUCUGAACAGAAUGUAUCUGCAGAGGGAGCAUCACAGAUUAGGACUCUCAGGGCAGAAUUGUCUCCUGAGAAUACCCAGCCCUGUAAGAUAUGUGUCCCAGUCUUGAGAGACAUUUUACAUUUAGCUGAAGAGCAAGGAACAAAUAGGGAGCAGAAAGAAUACACGUGUGGGACAUGUGGAAAACAAUUCUAUUUUACUGCCAAUGUUCAGCAGCACACUGGAGUGAAAUUCUGCCAGUGUCAUAUGGGAAGAUCUGCAUAUUUGAAAAGCUGUACGAUCCAUGCAGCAAGGAAUCUGUCUACCAGCAUGGAGAUUGGGAAUGACUUCCUGGCCAACAUAGGAGUUCAGAAACAAGCCACUAAUACCAGGAUGCCACGAAACAACAGUAAGGAGUAUGAUGCUGUUUUUCACAGUGGAAAAAGUCAUCAGAGCUGGGGAGAAGACAAGAUAGUCUCCAACCCCACAGACAUACUUGUUCAGGAUGAAGAAGCCCUCACUGGUGAAGGAUUUUGUGAGUUCAGCAAAUGUAGGGAAGCCCGCAUCCAAAGAAAUAGCCUUAUUCAGCACGAGGAAGUUCAUGCCAGAGAAAGGUCUUAUGAAUGCAGCCAUUCUGGAAAAUUUUUUGCCCACAAAUCUGGCUUCCUUGCAGGUCAGAGAUUUAACUCUGGAGGAACACUAUAUGCCUGUCCUGAAUGUGGAAAGUCAUUUAGCCAAAGGAGGUACCUCAGAAUCCAUAGAAAAAUCCACACUGGAGAAAAGCCUUAUAAAUGCAGGGAAUGUGGUAAAUCUUUCAUCCAAAAGGGGAGGUUAAUUGACCAUCAGAGAGUUCACACUGGCGAACGGCCUUAUGAGUGCAGUGAAUGUGGAAAGUCUUUUGUUGCUCUGCGUGGCCUCCAGUAUCAUCAGAGAGUUCACAGUGGCGAGAGGCCCUAUGGGUGCAGUGAAUGUGGGAAAUCUUUUAUCGCUAAAUCUGACCUCCAUUAUCAUCAGCGAGUUCAUUCUGGAGAAAGGCCUUAUGAAUGCAGUGAAUGUGGGAAAUGUUACAUUGAUAAGCGAGGUCUUCAGUAUCAUCAGAGAGUUCACAGUGGAGAAAGGCCCUAUGAGUGCAGUGAAUGUGGGAAAUGUUUUAUUUUUUCAAGUGGUCUCCGGUACCAUCAGAGAGUUCACAGCGGAGAAAGGCCCUAUCAGUGCAGUGAAUGUGGGAAAUCUUUUAUUGUUAAGAGAGGCCUCCAGAAUCAUCAGAGUGUUCACAGUGGAGAAAGACCUUAUGAGUGCAUUGAAUGUGGAAAAUGUUUUAUUGAUAGGUCACGUCUUCAUCGGCAUCAGAGGGUUCACAGUGGAGAAAAGCCUUAUGAGUGCAGAGAAUGUGGGAAAUGUUUUACUGAUAGGUCAGGCCUUCAUCGUCAUCAGAGAGUUCACACUUCUGAAAGGGCUUAAAUGUUGGUAAUCCUUUAGCCAGAGACAACUUCCACAUAUCCAUAGGAAAAUCCACACUGGAGAAAAGUCUUUUGAGUGCAAUGAAUAUAAUAAAUCUUUUUUCCAAAACUGGAACAUAAUUGUACAUCACAGAGUUCACGGUGGAGAAAGGCCUUACACCUGCACCGAAUGUUGGAAAUCCUUUAGCUGAAGGAAGUACCUCAGUACCCAUAGCAAAAUCCAUAGUGGAGAAAAGCCUUAUCAGUACAA